AUAUUUUUUUAUUGGAUGUCGGAUUGGACGCCAACGCAAUGUGAAUCCUCCUUUAUGAUGUCGUCGCGCCAAUACGAGCUUUAUGAUACACCUAUGAAAAAACUCUACUACGGAGGACUCCUCUCUUCCGGCAGCCAAUCAGCGCAGUUGGCAAAUAGGCAGUCGACUAGCGGUGGAAUUUUUGAAAUUUUCCUGCUGCAUCUCUGUUUAUGGCGUCCGUAUCGUCUGUAUCUGCACCAGGGCUGGGGCAACAUUCUUUCCGGUACUGCUGGGCCGUCUGUAAUUCCACGUUCAAUCGUCUCGGCGAAUAUUACAAUCUGGCAAGGUAUAAUGGAUAACACUGUUGAAAAGACUUCCGACAUAGAGCGGAAGGCCGCACUCGACAAGCUACAUAAUAUGCAAUGGCUGAAAAAUACAUCUCAUUCAGCAAAUCCCGAAAAGGUAAAAGCUGUUGUCUAUAAGCAAGCGCAAAACCAGGAUGAGGACAAAAUAGAUGCUGAGGUUUUGGCAGUGACCGAAACAGUCAAGAAGCUUUUAGGUCGAGAAUCCAAUAAAUAUUCCUCCACAGAUGAUACAUGUAAAACACAUUCGUGUGAUGAUGCAAUGCCUGAGAGCGAUAAGAACGUGUGGAGUAAAAAUAUAGAUACAGCUAAUUUGUUUCUGAAUGCUGAUGAGCUAGCUGAUCAAAAGAACGAAGAAGAUAUGCUGAGUAUCGUGGAAAGUAUUGUAACAGCAAAGCUGGAGGCCGAGUUCUGUAUAAACAAAGAGCAGAAAGAUCAAUCAAGUACAUCAGAGAACAAUGCUGAAGACGUUGUACAGGACGCGGCAACGAAAAGUUCUUCCGAUUCACAAAAAACUGAUGGAGGCGCAAAAGAGAUGAAAUUAAUACAUUCCGAUGGUAAUAAUAAUGAUUCCAAAUCCAUAACACCAUGUACGUCAAAGGUAAACGAUGAACAAAAGUCAACUUGCAAAAUAACUAGUACAGAAAGCAGUAAACCUUCAACAGAACCAAAGGAUAAAGAUGUGCGAGUAAGAACAAGUAAUAUAACAAAAACGGGUAUUAAGACUGGCAGUAAUACAAAUUUAGCCAAAGACAAUGAAAAGUUUUCCAGUCCUAGUAACGAUUCCAAGAAAGCAGUUUCCAAUUUAUCGAAAUCACUGAACACCCCUGAUAAAAUUGGAAGGGAUCACUUUAAUAACAAACAAAAUAAUACAAAAAAUACUAUCGUAAGAAGACAAGAAUUUGUAAAACGACGUAAUGUCCCAAGAAAUGCAAUAGAAAAGGAGACGAGAAAUGCUGCUGGGAAACCAAACGUGGUGAAAACAGGUGUUGAGGCAGCUGAUACAUGUCAAAAUAAAAAUUUAAAUAGAGAUAAAGCUUCACAGAAACUGCAACAAACAACGCCAAAACAAUUUGCAUCGAAAUCAAAAGGUCAAGAUUCUCUCAGAAAGAAUACAUCUAACUUCUCUGAUGAUAAAAAUAAAACUGAGAAAGCGGCACAUACGCCUGAAAAUGUCGAUUCGCCAUUAAAUGAAACUGAAAGGAAAAAUGAGAAGAUUGUUCGUGAAAAAAAUGCUCAAAGCGAUCAAAGAGGAAAUCGCAAUAUUAAUUGUAGAAAAAAUACAUUUGUCGCGCAGUAUAAAAAUUCGGCGUACUCGAAGCCGACGCAAAAUAUUCCGAGACAUGCUGCGUAUGGAAGAAAUUCGUCGUAUGCGUACACUAAUCCAAGGUUUGAUAGGGAUCGUAAUGGCAGUGCUGAACGUAGAAUUCCGAAGCGAGAGCACACACCUGUUAAUACAUUUAUAAAAUCAGAUACAGGGACUGAAGAACCUAACACAAGCAAUUCGGAGAAUUGGGCAAAGCAGAAGAAAGAAAUAAUUCAACCGAUAAAUGUAAAAUCGACCAGUGAAUGUAUCGAUUUAGCGUUUAACGAUAGAAAGGAUAUAAAACCUGUAAAAAUGGAGACACAAAGUAAGGAAAAUACGAAUUCAAGUGUUGCUCAUCCGAAACAAGAACUUGCAACGUCAGAAGCACAACAGUGUCGCGUAGAAACGAGUGAUAUCUUAAUUAAAGUCGAAAGUAUUGACCAGCAACAUAGAGAUACGAAAAAUGAAGAAACAGAUUUGUUUAAACACUCGUCCUUUAAUUUAACCUCUGAUGAGUAUUCUACAAAUUCGCAAUUCAAUGAUGUGACACAUCAGUAUUCGGUAAAGUUAGAAAAUAUGCAACGCACGAAUGAUGUAAAUCAAUUUGAGAGCAGUCAAGCUACUUGGGAUCAACCGUCUGAUAACGCUACGCAAAAAGGCGCGACAGUUAUGAGUGUACAGCAGCCUGUUCAAAAUAUGCAUCUUAAUACGCAACAGACUUUCACUCAAGCAGGAAAUCCAACGAGGCAGAUGUCGCCGUGGGAACUGAACGACAGCAAGUUUUAUGAUCAACAAUUUUCGGUUAGCGACGCGAUGCGGCUGUCGCAGAUUCCAAAUACUUCUUUCAGCGCGUUGCCAUACGAGUACAACGCACCAAUAUCCAACGACAACAAUGUCACCGCUACGUCUACGCUGGAAACUACGAUGAGUAAUAAUAGAGAAAAUUCAAAUGUACUUUACAGAUACGGACCGAACGUACAGCAGAGAUCCGUUAUGGCUUCGGAUUAUCCCGGUCAUUCUUUAUCACCGUGUCAAACUAAUCAGGCUAGGUGGAGUACCUCGGUGCAAGAGGGUUUCCACGUUGAGCAUCCGUAUAUUGCAGCGCAGCCUGCAAUGAUGCACGUUUACAAUCCCGCAGCUUUUGGACUGGACGACUUCAACAAUGCGCAUACGGUGGAUUAUGUCUCACAUCCAGUUAUGUACGCGCCGUAUAUGCAAACGUGGAAUUCACAGUUGCAGUAUGCAGUGCCCGUUCUGUAUAAUUCGCCAUGCGCGAAUUAUACCACGUUUUCUCAACCUAGCAAUCAACCGAAUAAUUUCAACAACGUGCAUGACCAGCAGCAAAAACAUAAUCCUUACGCGCAAAUGAAUAGUUAUGUUAGAGAUACGUAUGAUACGAAUACCUGCGCUGUACAAGCGCAGAGAAAUACUGCCGAUAACGUUCCAGUAAAAUCCAAUUAUUAUUACAAGAAGUAUCAAGACAAUCGAGCAGUUUACGAUGUUCCUCAAUACAUACCACCAGUUUCGUAUUCGAGAUCGCAACAAGGUAUGAAUGUCAUGCCUGCGACAGGUAUAAAUCAGUACAACGCAUCGUAUUGUCCGCCAAAUCAGAGACAUUAUAGGCAAAAUGUGUCGAAUUACAUGAAAAAGAAUCAAGAUUUCGCUUAUGAUGACAAUGGAUCGGCGGAAGACAUCCCCCCAAUAAUAUCCCCCAAAGAAUUUGUAACGGAUAAUAUCAGUCUUUCAAAUAAGACUGAUCAGUUUGCGACACGUGUGUUUAAACCGGAGUUCAGAAUGAAACCGAAUUCGGGAUAUCGUCCGCCAUCUUCCUUCCCAAGAGGCGGUUUCCGCAGAAAUACAACUUUACAAGAUUUCCCGAAGGAAUAUACAUAUCCUGUUAGUAUCGGUCGCGGUACAUACAAAACCAAGAGAACAUAAAAAUGUUAGAUCUAAACUGAGAGUAAGUUAUAUAAAAUACGGGUACACAUUCAAAAAAAUUUUUAAAUAUUCUACCUCUUAUAAAUCUGAUAAUGAUGAUAAUCUAAUUAAGAAAAUCAAUAGUAAAGUUUUCUAAAUUGUUCGAUAAGACUGCUUCUACAUUAUAUAUAUAUUACUCUGAUCUACUAUAAAUAAUUAUUUACUAUCUCCUUUUCUAUUUUUGAUAUCUCGAAAAAAAUAUUACGUUUUUUAUAUAACAAUCAGUUAAUGAAAUUGAAAAUCUCUACUAUAUCGCAAUUGCCAACGUAUAUGUAUAUGUAUUGUUUAGAUUCAUAUUCUAUUGUGAUAUCGGGUAACCCAAAAUGGUGCUCACCUUGCACUUAAAGACUCGCUUUAAAUCUUUAUAGAGCUUAAUACGCUAUUCAUAAAUAUAGAAAUAUAAGUUCUGUUUAAAUCUGUAAGUUUUCACAGAUGAGUUCAGUUACGAAUCGCGAGGUAUGUAAAAGUUUGUUCGAAACAUAUCGAUUGCGAGAAAUGUUAACAUAUAUUUAGCAUGUAAGAUUUUCUCAUGUUUGAUUUCUUAUAAUUUUAAGAUAAAAUGUUUCAGAAAACUAUAUAAUUCUACAUGUACCUUAAUUUUUCUAUCUUAUUUUUGUGUUCAAAUUGUAUUGUUGAUAGAGAUGAUAUAGUUUAUUUUUUCUGGACUGGUUUUAUGAAAUAAAUACAAUACAUUUUGAU